AGAGUUUUUUAAAAAAAAAAAAAAAAAAAAUUUUUUAAGAAUUUUUUUUGUUUGUUUUGUUUUUUUUUUUCGGAACGAAGUGAAACAAUUAUUUUUUAUAUUUUUUUCCACCUUGCGGUUCUGGGCUUCCAUACUUAACUAAAUAAAAUUAAUAAAACUUAAAAUGAAAAAUAAAAAUGUAUUUUAUUUGAAAAAGUUUUUUUAUAAAAUUAUUUUAAUUUUUUAUAUUCAAAUGCAUAAAUCUUAAAAUGUUUUUGUGUGUUUGAGUGUGGGUGUACAUGCAAAAUACAGCAGAUUAAACUGUUCGGUGCGGAUCAUUGGUCCUGAUGUUGAGGGGUUGGGCUUCACACAGCAUCACUUGAAGAAGAGCAGAAUAAUCCGACUUUUACUCAGGAGGCUGCUUCUGCUGCGAGGUCACUUUUAUGUCCCCCACCGCUUCGGACAGACAAUCCCAUCGUCUCAUUACAGUCCUGUUUUACAUAUUUACAUGUAAGCCGGCCAGAUGAGCAGAGCUGCUGUAAGAGGAUUUAAUGCCACGCAGAAUAAAGAAGCAGAUUAUAUCGUUUUAAUCACAUGUGAAGACGUUUUUCUUGCUCACUUUGAGUUUGCUCUGUCGAGGAACACUCUCUGAUUAAAGAUGCUGACUUUACAAAGAUGCAUGAGAUCAACUCUACAGUAGAAGGGUGAGUUGUGCAUCUCAAACUCAUAAUAUUGAACAUCAUAUGCAUGUUUUACUUUUGUACAGUAUUGCAUGUUAUUGAUCAUGUCAAGCAGUGUGAGAUGCAUGCUGCAUUCUCGUUCACUGUAAUAUUACACAUCAGUUUUGCGGUGCAUAUUAAUGUCACACUUCUCAGUUUAACACUGAAAUGAUGAGUAGUUACAGCACUUUAAAUGCACACUUCCUCUCAUCUAAACUCAUGCUGGAAAAGGUUCAUUUCCAUGUUCUCUUUGUAUCUGACACACAUGAUUGACUGUUUCUAAAGAGUGUUUAAUGCAUGAUCGGUUUUGUGUUUUUAGGUUUUUGACACACGACUGGAGAGGACUCGAUCUUCACCAACACAAAGAUGUGCCAGUGUAUCUGUGCCCUGCUUCUGCUCUGCCUACACAUGGUGACGUGUGGAGCGGAGCUCCGGGCAGCGGUGUCUCCUCUGGGUUGGACUGAGAGUGAUAAGGAGGCAAUGGUGUCCCCUCACGACUCUCGUUCAGGGAUUCACAAACCCCUGCGGCUUUUCUCCCACCCAUCCCAAUCUAACAACCAGUCCCGUGAAGCCGCUCCCGGCUCUGGUGCAAUGGAUCUGUGGGCGUGGUUAUCCAACCACAGUGACACCGAGGGAACCCUCUCAAGAGCCAAACGUCGUCCCUAUGUGAAAACGGGAAAGUUUAAGAAGAUGUUCGGUUGGGGCGACUUCCAUUCCAAUAUCAAAACGGUAAAGCUGAACCUUCUGAUCACUGGGAAAAUUGUCGAUCACGGUAACGGAACCUUCAGUGUCUAUUUCCGGCACAAUUCCACCGGCCUGGGCAAUGUGGCUGUCAGCUUGGUCCCGCCCUCCAAGGCUGUCGAUUUUGAGAUCACACAACAGGAAACGAUUGACGUACCCAAAGACAGUAAGGCCUUCAACUGUCGCGUGGAGUACGAGAAGACGGACCGCAGUAAGAGGACGUCAGUUUGCAGUGACUUCCCGAACCGGGUUUGCCUCCAGGAACAGACCCAGAGCCACGUGUCCUGGCUUUGCUCCAAGCCCUUUAAGGUCAUCUGCAUCUACAUUGACUUCUUCAGUGCAGACUACAAGUUGGUCCAGAAGGUCUGCCCAGACUACAACUACCACAGUGACACUCCCUACACCUCUGGGGGAUAGCCCCACCUAGGAUGCAUGUGUUGAGGUGUUGUCUCCAUUUCAGCCUCUUGCGAAGAACCGGAUGAAUGGAAACCAUGUCAGAUGAGGAACCACCCUUUUGAUUCUACACGUCUCGUCCUUCUCUUGAGCCAAUCGUUAAAGGAAAGACUCACCUUCAGUUUCCACAGUGACUCCGACCCUUUCUCAGCGACCCUUGUGAUGCUACCAGUGCGAAGUUUCAAAAAAAUUUCAAAUCUCUUGUAUUGCAUUCAGUCAUUUGUGAUGCCUUCCUGUUUUGUGUUCCCACAAAUGGUGCUUCUCGUUUCUCAAAUUGUGCAUCCUCAUUCCCUCACUCUUCUGGCCUUGAGAUUGUGACCCGCAAACCGAUCCAAGUCUGCCAUCAUUACGGAGGACGCUUGAGCGAGGGAGUUUUUAGUCGAAGCACCUGACACAUGCAUACGUUCUCCUCCCCCUUCCCGUCUGACCCAACAGUUUUAAUUAAUCUUAUACCUUUGCAGUUUAAAUAAUUGUCACAUACUUAAAGAGUGCAUCAUGAAUUAUUAGGAUUUACCAUGAAAAUAUCAAUUAAUCAUUUGUAUCUAAAAAAAUAUAAAAGUCAGCUCAGAGACGACGUAACUCCGUCCUAGUUUCCAAAGAGGGAACGGUUAAUAAGCGAGGAACAGAAAGAGGAUGCACAAUUUAAAAAAAUGAGAAGCACCCGCUGUCAGUCACAUGUUGAAGCCAUGAUGCGCUCUCAAGUCUCAAUCUUUUUUGUAUUUUGUUUCAGUUUUAAAGAAAACCCCCAGGUGUUUUCUUCUUUCAUUCGAAAACCAUGUUUGCAAUUGUUUGCGUCAGUCAAACGGGAUAUUUGGCUAGAAAAAGAGGACAGGACUUGAUUUUAUCCUUUUGGGAAUUGUUCGGAAUGGUGAAAAGUGGGCAUUCCACACAAGAAUGGAUGGGUGUGGUCUCAUGACAGGUGGUUGCAGUAGCGGUUGUAGCUUGUUUGGCACCCGGAGGGGUGCCCCCUUGCAAGAUGCUGCCCUGAAUGGUUGGAAAAUGCUAGCUAUCUAGACGGCAACACCGUCUAAGUUGAUGUGCCCCAAGUGUCGCGAGCGUCUCGUUUGCUGUUACUGAGGUUAAGGGUUGCUGUAAGACGUCACAUGCGACUCGCGUGAUACUUGGUUACCUUCAAACCACAAAGAAAAAACAAAUGAGGGCUGGAGAAUGAAAGUUCAGUCAGAGGUGAAGUUAAAGAUUGCAUCCAGAAACAGAGAUUCUUGUUCAGAUGCUGCUGUGUAAAACCAGUGUUUGAUGAUUAAGUCACAAUGAUAUGGAGUGGUGUGGGGUAGUGGUCUAAAGCACAUAACUGGUACUCAGGAGGUUGCUGGUUUGAUCCCCACAGUCACCACCAUUGUGUCCUUGAGUAAGACACUUAACUCCAGUUUGCUCCAGGGGGAUUGUCCCUGUAAUAAGUGCUCUGUAUAAUACAUUGGUACUCAGAAGGUUGCUGGUUUGAUCCCCACAGUCACCACCAUUGUGUCCUUGAGUAAGACACUUAACUCCAGGUUGCUCCAGGGGGAUUGUCCCUGUAAUAAGUGCACUGUAAGUCACUUUGGACAAAAGCAUCUGCCAAAUGCAUAAAUGUAAAUAUGCCCCAACCAUGAUCUCUUAACGAACACGUAAUGUUAGUCUGUAGUUUUAUGGCUUGAUUUUGAACACGCUGACUUUGAUCUUGGCUUUGAUCGUCUCCAGAUGUUUGAAGACUGAAAGUGAAGCUUUUUGGUUUAGUCCGAGGACUCCUGAGGCCUUGCACCAACGCGACAGACUAUGGCGAGUUCCCAACAUGUCGUCGUUUUAGUGACGCAUGUUAAAAGGAACAUUCUGGGUUGAAUAUAAGUUGUGCUCAAAUCGAGAGCAUUGGUGUCAUGGAGGCAUAAUGUUGAAAAAACCGAAAAAUAGUUUUGUCACAGUGGGACACCUGCAAUGGACGUGAAUGGGGCGAACUCGUGUGUUUAGGCAUAAUCGAGGAGUCCCAGUCACAAGACGUUAUAAUGUUCAGCUCACAAAUGUAUAGACAUAUACCAUUAGUGUGCACGAUUGUGCACAUAUGCUAACUGUUGCUAAAUAAACCAUGAAGAAAAAAAGCACUGAUUUGCAUUUUAUUUCCAAAGUUCUUUUGUACCGUAAUACAUUUUUCAAACACAAAGAACUCUCCGGUUCCAUCAAGUACACUUACAAUGGCAAGUCAACU